UUCUGAAGAGAAUUUACAGAGUGGAAAAAUAUAUAGAAAGGAAUUUUAGUACUGAGGCCUGAAAAUAUAAACCUUAUUGGUUUUGAACUCAUUUAGUGUUUUACUGCAGGAAGUCUUCUAGACUGCCCAUUAUACUUGAGCAGCCAUGCUUCUAUUUCCUACUUCAAUGAGACCACAGAUUUUAAUUCGCCUUUCCUUACUGGAAAAGAACGCUUAUACUUUCUAUUUCCUCUGGCUCUUUAUCUUUCUCUUUGCCAGAGUCACACAAGGAGACUUCAUUUUUGAGCUGUUUAUCAAGAUUACCGAAUGAGUCUUGGCCUUCGCCUUCAGCUUCUUCAUCAGGGUCAAAAUCAUGCCCUUGGUCCUCUUCUGAUUUGUCUUCUUCGUUUGAUAUAAGAUAUACCAUGAUCUCUUCUCCUCCAGAGUUGAGCAUUAUUUGAUACUUAUUUGUUCUCAGCAGUUUGAAUGCCUCUCUCCUUGUGCAAAUUCUUAUCAUGUGGCGCUUUCAUGGCUUUGUUUUCCUUCUCUUCCUCAUGGUUUGCAAGAUCCUUCGGAUCUUUCUCUCCUACCUCUGGCACUUCAAGCUUGGUGCCAGGAGGAGCUCUAAUUGCAAGUAAUGUAUUGUCUUUAUCUUCAUUUAUAUUUUUAAUAUCAUCAUAGGUGACAUAAGCGAACUGCUCGUAGAGUUCAUCAUUAGACAUCUCUUGUAACUGGUUAUUAACGGUGCUGAUCAUCGUAUCAAGCCAUUGUUCCUCUCUCUGGUACUCCUCUAGCUCCAAAUUCAGCCGUUCUAUUUCUUUGGCUUGGUCUUUUUCCUUCUCUCUUUCUGCUUCUUCACUGAUCUGUUGAUUUUCAUCCUCACCGAAGUUGUCUAGACGCAUUGCUCCAUUCCAUCUGAUUUUGUUCUUACUGUAUUUCUCGAUGAGGCCGAUACCCUCGAGAACAUUGGUGAUAUCGUAAAUCCUCCUAUUUUUGAACUCCGAGCUCUUCGACCGCCUCGUUGAGAUCAAUUCAAUAAUCUUCAGUUUGCUUAAUAAGUUGGAUAAAUUUCUUCGUCAGCUCUCCAAGGGAAUUUUCUUGUCGGGGCUUUAAUAUAGGCUUAUUCUCUCCAGUCCUGCCACCCUUGUUAUUAUUUUCGGCUUCUAGUCCGGGUCUCAUAAUCUCUGGUCAUUACAGGAGCCCCAUCAAGCUCAUUUGUGCGAGGCAAUUUGUGGCCUUUCUUUUGUAGAGACUCUUCUUGGUCAGGUUCUUCCUGAUCAAAUUCUUCUUUAUCAAUUUCUUCAAAUUCCUCAAAUAGGGUUCUCUUGAUGCUCUUGUUCUUACUCAUUUCAAGUUCAAA